AUGUCUCUCCAAACCUACAUCAAUAAAAAAGUCCUGAUUCUGACUGUGGACGGCCGAACACUACUUGGAAACCUCCUCUCCACUGAUCAACUUACAAAUCUUGUUCUCACGAAUACCGUCGAACGUAUCAUCCGCACUCCCGAAGAUGAUGAGGCCUCAACAGAAAUUGAGCAUGGACUUUACUUGAUUCGAGGUGAUAAUGUUGUUGUUUGUGGAGAGGUGGAUGAGAAGAUUGAUGCCGAUAUCGACUGGACAAAGGUGAAAGGCGAGGUGAUUCGGGAUACGAAGAAUGCAUGA